UCACAACGGCAAAUAGGAAAACACUUCAACAAGUCAUAGAACGCAACGGCAAAUAGGAAAGCACGAAGACAAAUGGGAAAACACGACAAAUAGGUGAACACAACGACAUUAACUUCUCACGGGAAAUUGUACGGGUUGUACAGAAGGAAACACGUUUCUGUGCCUACUGGUUUGCCUACGCGUGCGUUUUUGUUUCCUCCCGACAGCGGCUGUCUGCCUCGGUCACCUGAUUCGUCACACAGUCGCAAACAUAUUGCUGAAAAUGUUGAAAAAAACAAAAACGUCAUAAAUGUUACACCGUCAGCGGCUAGGAAACCCUUUGGUUCAGGGUGAACCAAGACGACUGUUUUUUGGUGGGCGGAUCGGGGAACACUUCCAAACACGUGUGUCGAUACUUUUUCGGGAAGCUGCAGCCUCUCAUAAUAGUGAAUAGAUUUUCCUUCUGUUCAACCCCGCUUCUCUCAAACGUGACCUCAAAGUGCGUAUACUCAUACUGAUGAGGUGAUGGGUGGACAACAUAUCAACAAUCACGUCGUAUGUUUGCCCUGCAUCAAAAUAAUUUGUAAUAAUAGCGAAAGUUUCUUCGGGAGUAGUCAAAACGACAGACAAUCCGUCUGUCCAAUCAGAAGGGUCCGUCCUCUGAUAGAAUGGCGUAGGGCCUCCGUAAGAAGUUAACGUCGUUGUGUUCACCUAUUUGCCGUAGUGUUUUCCUAUUUGUUGUGUUUUGCACUUCAGGGCCACCGUAGUAAUCUCCUUAUUCAAACAACAUAUUAAUCAAUAACUUUAAACCCAGAUACUCCCUCUCUCCGCCCCUCCCUCGUCCCUUUGCUUUUUUCCCCACUUCUUUUCUUGUUCUGUGUUUGAAUGGAGAAGCUGGGUUCCCCGGACCCAGCGCACCCUUCGCCGGCUGCAGGGCCCCUGGACGGGGGCUCAGUUGCCACGACGAUGGGGCCCGAGGGAGACGACGCGGCCUUGGCUGCAGUCAGCUCCAAACUUUUUCGGUGUGCUUGGGUGAGGCGUUGGGUACCACUGGCCUACAGAGAGGAACUCUACCAAGUCUUACGGCUCACGGGUCCUCUGGUGGUGUCUCGGAUUCUGAACUUCCUUCUGCCAUUUGUUAUCAGCAUAUUCUGCGGACACAUUGGCAAUUCAGAACUUGCUGGAUAUGCACUUGCCUCAGCGAUCAUUAACACGACCACAGCUUCAACAGGCUGUGGUCUCGCUGUGGCCUGUGACACACUCAUUUCUCAGACGUACGGCGGUAGGAACAUGAGACGUGUGGGAGUAAUCCUUCAAAGGGGUUCAUUGAUCUUGCUGUUGUUUUGUUUGCCCUGUUGGGCUCUUCUCAUCAACACUCACAACUUGCUGCUCAUGUUGCACCAAGACCAUGAGGUGGCGAGAAUUUCCCAAAUCUACGCACUGGCCUUCAUUCCAGCUGUUCCAGCCAUGUUUCUGCACCAGCUGCAGGUUUCCUACCUACAAAACCAAGGGAUCAUUAUGCCUCAGUUGUACACAGCAGCAGCAGCAAACGUCUUUAAUGUGGGGGCCAACUACGUCUUAAUCUACAGCCUUGAGUUGGGAGUCCUUGGAUCAGCUAUAGCUAACGGCCUCUCUCAGAUCAGCAUCUGCCUGCUGCUGUUUGGCUACAUCCGAUGGAAGAAGCUGCAUGAGCAGACGUGGGGAGGCUGGUCCACCGACUGUCUGCAGGAGUGGGGCUCCUAUAUGAAGCUGGCUAUUCCCAGUACAUGCAUGGUCUGCUUUGAAUGGUGGAUCUGGGAGUUUGGAGGUUUCCUUGCUGGAUUACUGGGAGAGGUGGACCUGGGAGCCCAGCAUGUGAUGGUGGAAAUAGGAGCUAUAACAUUUAUGUUCCCUCUAGGUGUCUAUGCAGCUGCCUGUGUGCGUGUUGGGAAUGCUCUGGGUGCUGGGAACACUUCCAGGGCCUUAGUCACUUGCAAAGUAGCACUGGUUCUAUCAGGGGUGCUUGCUGUGUUCCAGGGCAUUGUCCUUGCUGGCUCUAAGUCCGUCGUUGGCUACAUAUUUACAUCCGAUGAAGAAAUUGUGGCGAUUGUCUCAGAUAACCUCACAGUCUACACAUUUCUGCAGUUCUUUGAUGCUCUUCUGUGUGUCUGCUCAGGCAUUCUUGUCGGAUCUGGAAUGCAGAAAAUAGCUGCCUUGUCCAACCUGGUGUCUUACUACUGCAUCGGUCUGCCAGUGGGAAUAGCUCUGAUGUUUGCUGCCAAGCUCAGAAUAUUAGGUUUGUGGCUCGGUAUCUUAACAUGUGUUGUCUUGGAGACGGGUUUCUUCCUCAUUCUAAUCUUCAAACUAGACUGGAAGAAAGUUACGUUAAAGGCUCAACGGCGAGCUGGAAAGAAGGUUGUGUUGAUAACGAAGCGUCCUGUUAGUGCAGCGAUCUCUUACUGUCCUGAUGAAGCCCAGUUGGAGGGUGAAAGAGCUCCUGAAACGGGGGGCUACGGUCCAGUCAACACCCAGGAUCAGGAGCUGGAAGGCGGACACGAGACUGAGGCCAACGACACAAAUACAGGACGACCUGUGGGGGAGGAUGAAGGGAGCCAGAAGACCUCAAACACCAAACCUUCAGUGCUGCUCUCCGUCCCUGAGCUGAUCUUGCGCCGUGGACUCAUCUUCUUGGUUUCAGCUCUCGUUUUGGCCAUAGGUGUGGCUUUUCACAUCGCGGUCCCUGUACAGGAGCCCUCCAUCCAGAGCAGGGCCAACUUUACCCAGAACUGGACUAAUGACUCAAGUCCCACACCACUAGCCCCACAGGACCUGACCCCAAGCCGCUAAGCCUUUUUUCAUCUCUGAAUGUAGACAUCUAGCAGCUGAAUACAAUUCUCACAAACUGACCAUUUGGAAAAAUGCUGAAUGUGUAGGCUACUUGAAGAACUAAGUUGUUAUAAAACUGCAGCCAAAUGGAAUGGGAGAAAGGAAAAAAAAUCUCAAAAAGAAUCUCAGUGCCACGCUGUUCAUCAAAUUCACAAAUAUCAGGAAGCAAUAUCCAAUGAGAGGCUGGCAGGAUAACCAAAUAGCUUUUUAUUUUUUCACUUUUAUUGUCAUUUAUUUUUUCCCUGUGAUAUUGUCUCGCUUCCGACCUCUUUCCAAUGUCAUUUUAACUGUAAAUCAUUCUAUUCUUUGGGCCCGAUGUGAUUUUUGACAAGAAAUUAUUGAAUAUUAAGUAUCAAGUUGAUUUUUUUUUAUAGCAGAUCGAUAGUUAAAAUAAUAUAUUGCCAUAUGAUAGUGCCCCAAUAAAUAAAAAUGACUCCAAGUAGCAUUUAAACUAACCGAGCCAAAUAUAUAUAGAUAUAAUGUAUCAUAGUCUGAUCUGCAAACUACAGACUGAACUCUUCUUCUUAAGUUCAGUUGAAGAGAAGAAAUACAAACAAUGUUGGCAAUGAAUCAAAGGUGACACCACCACUAAUGUAGGCCCUGCUGUUUGAACUCACAGCAUCCAACAGUUGUCGUACUGGCGGUCACAGCAUGCUCCUCCUGCUCCUGCUAGAGGGUGGAUGCAUAAUGAAUAUGAGUUAGCGCUGAUGCUUUCAUGAGUAAAACUGCAUCACCACUGUGAAUCCCAUCCUUAAAUGUCAUCAUAUUCCUUUAAACCCUUCAAAAAAAAAAAACCCUUUAAAAACAGGAAUGAGGAAUAGGCCAAUAACCAUAAGGCUUAUAUGGAUGUUUCUGAUUUGAAAGGUAAGGAAAAAGAAAGCAAAUGGAUUUUGGUCAUGAUAAAUUCACACUCCGUAUUUUGGCCCUGAUCCUUGUUUAUUAUUACAAAUUACAUUACAUUUAGCUGACGCUUUUAUCCAAAGAAACUUACAUUGCUUUCUAACCCUGUUUCCUAGGAAACCUAUUAAAAUAGUAGUAAACCAAAUGAUCAAAGAGCUCCAUGUUAUACAACACACAUAUACUGUGUAUAUGUAAAAUGCAUGUCUCACUUCAUUCUUCUUAAUCGUCUGAAUCAGUAGACUAAACUACAAUAUUAAAUAUUUCGAUGAUGCGUAUGUGAUCGUAAAGUAACAGAAAAGGAAAAGGAUGGCGUUACAAAUUCCAUGUAUAUUUGAAAUAUCUUAAUAUUCAUUUCUUAGACUGAAAGCUGAAAACUGCCCCUUUUAAAUAAGCUAUUACAUCGUCUAUAGGCUACAUAUGUCAUACUCCAUCUGGGAUUUUUGCAUCGCCACAGGGGGCGAUCAUGGAUGUCAGUGACAUUUACAGAUAUCAGUAAUGUCACACACCCAGAGUGGGUGAUGUGGGUACAAUCUGUGGCUUACCUUGGGGGCAACUGUGCUUACAGACAGCUGGGGUCAGCAGCUUUAAGUUCAAGUAAAUAAAUAAAAGCUCUCCAAAUGUAGAAAAACUCUGCCCUGCUAAAUCAUUUUUUUUUAUAUGUGCAAUAGUGUUUGGAUUUGUAGGUGCAGUUCUAUGAGUUGGGUUACUGUUGGCCUUCAAAAGACUCAGCUAUUACUUUAGUAACUGAUUAAUGAUUAAAUAAUGAUUUAGCUGCUGUUUUUUGUGGACACAGAUUACGCAUGUGAAAACUUUAAACCUCAUAUUGACAUGUGUUCUAUAAAUAAGCCUUAUUACCAUCAACCACACAAUAUAUGUUUUUAGAUCAAGUCUUAGUUGCACAACAUGAGACUAUUAGCCAACAACUGAAUGGUUAAAAAGUCUUGAAUAUGGAAAAAAAAUGUGGGUAAAUGUUGUUGACUUUUCAUGUAAAUUAUUGCGCUACAUAUGCUACACGCAACCAAGUCUGAAGCCAUUUUCACAAGUUCUUGUUUAACAAUGGCAGCAAAUCUUUACACAGUCUCUUGUUAAUGAUGCCCCAGCGUGUCACUGAUUGCAGAAUCUGGAGGUGAGCGGGGCCAAGAUUACAGUCUCUGUGAGGAGCCUGUGACAAUGUCUGCGCUGAUGAGCUAGACUGAAGCUCAGGCGUGACAAUGUAUGAAUCAAGUCUGAUUUACAUGUUGAAUAAUGAUAAAUUGAUAUGAAUGUUUUUCAUCAAACUGUUGCAAACAUCAAUCUGUUGUAAGUCAUUGCUGAUGUCAGUUUUGUCAGUGCAUUGUGGGUGUAAUGACCUCGUACAGGUGAGAGUGGAGACUUUUAUGAAAAUCUCAGAGGUGAAAGUAAAAAAAUCCCUUC